GGUCAGGCUGCUGACGGGUGAACAUGUCCUCUCCUGCGUCUUCGGUUGUGCUGCAUGUCUACGACUUGUCGAAUGGGCUGGCUCGACAGAUGUCGCAGGCGUUUCUAGGGAAGCAGAUCGACGGCAUCUGGCACACGGGGGUUGUGAGCUACGGCAAGGAAUUCUUCUUCGGAGGAGGCAUCCAGGUAGGGAUGCCGGGCCGGACCCCCUACGGGCAUCCCGUCGACAGGAUCGAUCUAGGAGAGACCAGGAUACCCGAAGACGUCUUCAUCGAGUUCCUCAACGAUAUCUCCCCGCGCUUCAGCAUGGACACCUACGACCUCCUCCGCAACAACUGCAACCACUUUUCCCAGGAGGCAGCCAAGUUCCUCACCGGCAAGAGCAUCCCGGACUACAUCACGGGCCUGCCGGACGACGUCAUGCAGACCCCGCUGGGGGGCAUGAUCCGUCAAAUGCUCGACCGAGUGCAGGACUACGCGCGGCAGAACGCUGGGACGUCGAUGCCUGUCUUCACGGAGCCGACGGUGACAGCACAUCCGCACGCGUCGCUGGAGCUUCCCUUCAUCUCUAGCUACGACAAGCCCUUCCUCCUGCACGACAAGGGGGACAACGGGCAGAUGAACAUGUCAAAGCUGCGAUCCCUCCACGAGGCUCGUCAUCGAGAUGCCGGCACAGAGGCGACAUCAGAGGAGUCGAGAGCGAUGGAUGCGCUGGAGGAAUACUUGAAGCUCCCUGUGGACUGCGGGGAACCUCUGCCGAGAGAAUGUUACAGGUUUCUAGCAAAGAUCCUUGCUGAUGGCCUGUGCACUCCUGGGGCCCCGUGCUAGAAAUC